CGCCUCUUUUCCCUCAUCCCUCCUCCGCUACAUGAAACAUUCCUCUGGUUUAAUGAUGUACUGAAACCCUUUCGCGUGUGCAGCCAGGGAAGAGGGAAAGGGGAAAGGGGGAGUUCUUUAAACCUCUCCCGCUCAACUGCACUAUAUCUCGCUCGGAACUAGACAAGCUUUUAUUUUUUAUUUUUCUAACACACCGCGAGGGCUGAAAUGGCGGCCAACAUGUACCGGGUAGGAGAUUACGUGUUCUUUGAGAACUCUUCCAGUAACCCGUACCUCAUCCGAAGAAUAGAAGAGCUCAACAAGACCACGAACGGCAACGUUGAAGCGAAGGUGGUCUGCUUCUACAGGAGACGAGACAUUUCAAACAGUCUGAUACAGCUCGCGGAUAAGCAUGCAAAGGACCUGGAAGAGGAGAAGCGGAGCCCCAGCGCGCCUGAGCUGACGGAGAAACACAAGCACCAGCUGAGACACCGGGAGCUCUUCCUGUCCCGGCAGUAUGAGUCGCUGCCAGCCACUCACAUCAGGGGGAAGUGCAGCGUGGCCCUCCUGAAUGAAACGGAAGCUGUGCUCGGCUACCUUGACAAAGAGGACUUGUUUUUCUAUUCCCUGGUGUACGACCCCACACAGAAGACUCUUCUGGCAGACAAGGGGGAGAUCCGAGUGGGACCUCGAUUCCAGGCAGACGUUCCUGACAAGCUGCUGGAAGGUGAACCUGAUGACCGCGACCUCUCGAAACUGGAAGUGAAGACCUGGGACCCAGACUGCCCGCUGACGGACAGGCAGAUAGACCAGUUUCUCGUUGUUGCUCGAGCGGUGGGGACGUUCGCCCGAGCCCUUGACUGCAGCAGCUCUGUGAGGCAGCCCAGUUUACACAUGAGCGCUGCCGCAGCAUCCAGAGACAUCACACUGUUCCACGCAAUGGACACCCUGCACCGGCUGAACUACGACCUGACGACCGCGAUUAGCAUCCUGGUGCCUCAGGGCGGGCCAGUGCUGUGCCGGGACGAGAUGGAGGAGUGGUCCGCCUCCGAGGCAAACCUCUUCGAGGAGGCGCUGGAGAAGUAUGGCAAGGACUUCAAUGACAUUCGGCAAGACUUUCUUCCUUGGAAGUCCCUCACUAGCAUCAUUGAAUAUUACUACAUGUGGAAGACGACCGACCGGUACGUGCAGCAGAAACGCCUUAAGGCUUCAGAGGCUGAGAGCAAGCUGAAACAAGUUUACAUCCCAACCUAUAAUAAGCCCAACCCCAAUCAGAUCUCAGUGAGCAAUGGGAAGCCGCUGGCGAUGAACGGUGCAUCCAGCGCCGGGGGGACCCAGUCUCAGAACUCCGGGCCGGGUCGGGCCUGUGAGAGCUGCUUCUCUCUGCAGUCUCCGCAGUGGUACUCAUGGGGACCCCCCAGCAUGCAGUGCCGCCUGUGUGUGUCCUGUUGGGCGUACUGGAAGAAGUACGGGGGUCUCAAGAUGCCGAGCCGAGGAGAGAGGAGGAGGAGGAGGAGGAGGAAGAGGAGGAUGAGGAUGAAGGGGAGGGAGAAGAGAAGCCGAUGCCCAGACCAGUACCCACGGAGGUGCGGUCUCGAGGGCAUGGGCAGCGCCAGUCUGCGUACUCCAUCCCCAUUCGCAACAGCGGCAGCCCCAGAUCGUCCACGAAGACACGGCAAACCUUCCUGCUGCAGGCCACGCGCAUCACCAAGCUGGCACGCCACGUGUGCCGGGACCUGCUGCGGCUUCGCCAGGCGGCGCGCCGGCCCUUCGUUCCCAUUAACUGUGCUGCCAUUAAGGCAGAGUGCAAGAGCUUUUUAAACUCCUAGCUUGCGGCGCACUCUGCCUGAUCACUCCCGGGACCAUUUCCCUCUCUUCUCUUUUUAUUAUGUUGUUUUUUUACUUUUUGGUUUUUGGUUUUGUUUGCAAUAAAAAUACCUGGUCCCA